CGCGGAAUCAUUUUUGUGGAUACAGUGAUGAUUAUUGUGCCUCGAAAUCGUCCCAGAAAAGUAUAAGACGAGUCCAAAGACGCGUAACUACCAAAAGAGGAAAGGUGAUUAGCAAACGGUGAUUAUCAAAAAGACUACGUAUUUCCGACGAUUUGCACCUGCAGUAAAAAUUUUCUUGAACGAGAUAAGACUUUUCGAAAAAUUAAGUGGCAUAAGUUAGUACUAAAACAGAUCAUUUUCAUUCAAAUCCUGUACGCAACGGCGGAGAAAUAAAAUUUACAUUAUCAUCAAACAAAACUGCACUCCUACAUUAUCAUCAAACAAAACUGAAGUAGAGCUCAAGGAGGCAUCUCUAUUUUUUAAAAACGAACCGACUUCGGGCUACACGGUCGCAGUCCUGUUAUUUUUGAAACAUUCGGGAGAGACGAAGAUCAAGAUAUCAUAUAUAAGGGUAUCAAAAUCCUAUAAUUAAAAAAUUUACUACACAAGUGAGAUGAACAAGACCAUCAAAAUGAAACGCGUUUGUGUUGCCUUCACCGUUUUCGUGGCGUUGGCGGAGUGCGCGAGCCCGGGAAGUCCGUCUGGAGGGCGUCGCGCCCCCGCUCCUACUUACUAUGAUACAGAUGUCGUGGCGUCAUUGGCGCACGCGCAGAGCCCGCCGGUGCCGCCCACAGGAAUUUUUUCGGGCGGCUACCCAUCGCCUCCGGGCACUCCGACCAGAGGUACUAGUCAAGGCAGCAGGCCGCCUUCGCUGCGACACAGACGCAGGACUCCGAGCCAGGGCAGACUGCCGCGCGGCACUCCGCCACAGAAAGAUACCAAAGGAGCAUCGUCAUCUCGUUCGCCUCCACCCCGUGCUGCGCGGUUAACGUAUGGCACCCCGCCACAGGCACCUCAGAUGACUACUCCCGAUGCAAAUGGGCGAAGUUUCCGCGACCCCCCGUCGGGACCAAACCGGCGAGCUGCGCAGCGCGCUGCGGACAACGCGGGGAGCCUUGAGCUGGCUCCCGUGAGGGCAGCUGCAGCGUUUUACGAUUCGCAUCCAGAUUACUUUCUGGGAGAGGUCGCGCCGCUGUUCACCGGUUCGCAGUUCCAAGUACCGAGAGAGGAUCUUCGGAAGUGCGUUCGGAAAACAGGAAACGACGUAUUCAGAGGCUGGACUGCGUUCCUGGACCGCGUGGCGGAGGCGCGCUUGGAAGCUGGACUGCGUGGUUGUUUGCGGCUGGCGUUUCACAGAUUUUGGAUGGCGCGCUUGGAGUUAGAGUGGAGCGAAGAGCUACACGACUUCGCGAAGACGCUUGCGCAUUCGAAGCUGCAGGCAAAGGUGUAUAAGGUCGGUGACGCCGUCGCGCUGGUGCCAGCAGCAACAGCGCCUACGCGAGCAGAAGCCAAAUUUCAUGACCAGGCAGUGAAGCUUGACUUGCGGCUCGCCGAGCCCGACAUGACCUGGGAAAGCGUUGAGGCGGUUGUGGACGUGAAGAAACUGGAGGAAAGCGGUGCGCAACUGGUGUUCGAUGCGUCGCAGCCUGACAAGCACACCCCAUUUUUCGCGAAAAACGAGCCGCGCGUCUUUGGGGAGUGCGAGCCCUGGCUCGGUUUCAUUUGGGAUCCAAAAGUGAGGGCCAACAAAUUUCACGAGACUUUUUACGAACGCGCGGAAAGGACACUGGUCCCGAAGGUCGCGGGCGUCUUUCGUGAAGUUGUGCGGGAUGAGUAUCGCGAAAUACUUGGGGAGUAUCCAUUCAGAAGCGAGACUUUUCUCCAAACCUGGUUGACCGAGAACGAACCGGAAAAUGCAUGGCCGCUGAGACAUGGUUAUGGACCGAAGACACAGUUGACGAAAGUGGCUCUCAUGGCAUUCGAGAAGACAUGGCAGAUGGCAUCGAAAACCUUCGAGCUUCGGCGACUCCGGGCGCUCCCGUUUCUUGUGCGGAAGGCCUAUCAUGGCCGUUUCCAGCGGGAAAGCGCGGUCACGAACGAAGGCCUGCGCGAGAAGUGGCAGCCGGCCAAUCUGGAAAGUCUGCACUCUGUUUGGCGCGAUCAUCUCACAAAUCCGAUCACAUUGAAAAACCGCAAGGCGACGCUGAUCGGCGCUGGCGAGGACGAGUGGUACCUUUGGGAUCUGAACGCGAAAAGGCACUGGCAACACGAAGAAGGUGCAGCCUUAAUGCAAGGCAGCCCGAAUCACCGGAGGAAAAUGCGAGAUGGGUCCGCGUGUCGGCCGCAGGUCACCGACAUGAAUCUCGUGAAAAUGGGUCUGGACGGGUCGCUUGUCGCGAACCGAACCCCUGAACUUCGUAGUACGAUGAAGAUUUCGGCCCUACUGCGAGAACUUCAGGCGGUGCUAUCUGGCGAAAAGCAAUUUGUCGAGCUCGAGAUGCCAAAAUUGGACAGCGACGAGCACCAGGAGGAAGAGAGGAGUCGUGUGCAGGCAGCUCAAGCAAAUCGAAAUUUGGUCGCUGGUGCUCAACAAAAUGCUAUUCUCGCAACUCCCGGCGCCUUCGCUGCUGCCGCAGGUGCCAGGCCGCUUUUCGCCCUUCCGGCGGGGCUGGGGAGGGCAUGAACCUCGCGGGAAGAUUGAUGCGUGAAACCACUGAUGCAACCGCGCAGGAGGAUGUUGCGGCGCAGUCGCUCUAUGUCUGAGCUGCGCCAGGAUCUUUCUUUAUACCGAUUAUUUGAGCUCGGAGCAGUAUCCGAUCUAUGGAACUUUUUGUGUGAGUGGUAAAAAAAAAGAUUUAUGAGGGGUAUCUACAUAAUUUUCGUGCUCCGUCUCGCCCGCCUUCCGAAGAAAAUAUGAAGAUCAGGUGGAGCAUGACUAACGGUCGCAGGUAACCCAAAAACCUGUCGACUUUCUUAGGGCGUCCUAUGUAAAAAGUACCUCUUUAUUCGCUUUGGCAGAGCUUCAAUUUAGUAUCUUGAAUUUUGGUGCUCUAACCACUGCAAAAAAAAGUCACUACAGGAGGGUUUAGCGAUUUCGUGGCCGAUCCUGGAGCUGCGCGUGCGUGGCUUCAGUUUCGAGCCCGAGUUGGGGGGCAGAUAGACGCCCGCCACUCGAUCAUGCGAAGUCCGAAUUUUCGAGUGAUCUUACACAAAUGAAAGGCGAAAACAUUCAUUAAAAUUUGCAUUGCGCGAGGGAGAAAGAUGAACAAUUAGCUAGUACCUAGCUCAAGAUUACUUCAGUAAUGUGAACUUGUCUACUCUAGUAGAACUAGACAUUCGCGAGCAAACCAGGCGUCCUGGUCCACGACUAGGCAACACUUUACACUGUAUUAUUUGUGCGGGGAGACCAAGGGAGAAUGAGAGCCCCGGCUUGCUUGGU